CGGAAGUCGGUGACGCACCGCUGCACCCCGCCGCUCAGCCGGGAGCCAUGAAAUAAACACAAACACACAGGACAGCCGGGUGGCGCGGGGCGAGGUGUCAAGGUCAGGACCAUCAUGUCCUUUGCUCUGGCAGCGGGACAGGAAGUUUGUGUUUGAGCGUCCCCGGUCGGCUCUGCUGGGAUGAACAUGCCACUGCACCAGAUCUCUGUCAUCCCCCGCGAUGUCACCUCGUCGCGGGUGUCGGGCAGCGGGAAGGCCAAGGACAAAGACAAGGACAAGCAGAAUGAAAAGCCUCUGGGUCACUCCGCCAGCAGGUCCAGCAACAUAUCCAAGGCGGGGAGCCCGACCUCAGUCAAUGCUCCCUGCAGUUUCUCCAGAACAUCAGUGUCCCCCUCCAGCCAGGAUAUCUGCAGGUAUGAAGCACUUCAUCGGGAUCAGGACGCUCAGAAGCAGACCGCCGUGGUUCUGCUGAAUUCAAACGGUAAACCCUGUCAGGGUUCGGGAGGUUUCUCGGUGACCACCCUCUGUGUCGACGCCCUGCCGGCCGCCAAGCACGGCAAACAGCGAGACUGGCUCUCCCUGCUGCGCUCGUCCUCCGUCAACAUCCGCCCCGCCGGCUCGCUCAGGUUCUCCAUGUCGCUGAAUGACGUGGGCCAGCGCGUGGACAGCCUCUGCCGGGGCCUGCACUUCAUCGACCGCACGUGCUCCGAGGGCGAGCUGGAGCUGAAGCCCGAUCCCUGCUCAGACCGAAGGGCGCACACCCUCAACGGAAAGCUGGGCGUGUCCCCCUCGCACCAGGGCACGCACCCUCACCUCGUCCCCUCCUUGACCAGCAGCCACGCGCGGGGCGCCGUCCCCGCCAAUAAUUUCCCUUCCGAGUCCACUAUCGUCAGCCCUCCCCCUCCUCCGUCCGGCUCCCUCCUCCACCCUCACUACUCCCCGAACUCCAACUUCCUGCGUCUCCUCCUUCCCUUCUCUCGCUCGUCGACGUCGGCCAGCCUGCGGUGCUCGGAGUUCGACAGCUACGCUUCGCACCUGCACAUUACCAAGUCCUCCAGUGCCCUGCUGGAAGGCAGCGAGGCAGGGUUUCCCACGGAGGAUCUGCUGGGCGAUGACGACGUGUUUGAGGAGGAUCGACCGAGCCCGGCUCCGGAGGCAACGGGCCGGCUGGAAAACCCCCAAGAAACAGGCGCUGCGGCCGGGUCAGGCGCUCUCCUGGCCCCGCUGUGCUAUAUGGACGAGGACAGCGACUUGGACUGCUGUCAGUCGCCCCUUUCAGAGAAAACCGCGCCUCUGUCACCCUUCUCGCUGUCGGGCGACUGCUGCAGGAUUUGUCACUGUGAAGGGGAUGACGAGAGUCCUCUGAUCACGCCCUGCCACUGCACGGGGAGCCUGCGCUUCGUCCACCAGGCCUGUCUGCAGCAGUGGAUCAAGAGCUCCGACACGCGCUGCUGUGAGCUCUGCAAGUACGAGUUCAUCAUGGAGACCAAGCUCAAACCGCUGCGCAAGUGGGAGAAACUACAGAUGACGGCCAGCGAGAGACGGAAGAUCAUGUGCUCGGUCACCUUCCACGUCAUCGCCAUCACCUGCGUGGUGUGGUCGCUCUACGUCCUCAUCGACAGAACCGCAGACGAAAUCAGACAAGCCGGAAGAAUCCCAGGAAUCCUGGAGUGGCCUUUCUGGACGAAGCUGGUGGUGGUGGCCAUCGGCUUCACGGGGGGACUGGUUUUCAUGUACGUCCAGUGCAAAGUCUACAUCCAUCUAUGGAGGAGACUGAAGGCUUACAACCGGGUCAUAUACGUGCAGAACCGGCCGGACACGUGUAAAAAGCUGGCGCUGGAGAAGCCGCCGCUCAUGGAGCCCAGCCUGGAGAACAAGGAGGCGCUGGCCCCCACCCAGUCAGACACAAACUCCUCCCAGUACACAGAGACAGAGGACUACAGUAUGGAGGUGCUCCACGUCUGACGCCUCCACCCAGGCCGCUGAUUGUCCUGCUCGCAGUGGAAACCAUUGAUCAGGCCCCACGAUGACGAGGAGCCGUCAUGGCGAUGAUUGAGGAAGAACCAGGAUUUCUGUUCCUCUGAUUCCAGACUGACCCACAGUCCUCUGGUUGUCUUAUAUUCCCCAGACUCCACCCUCAAAGACAGACCAUGACUCCACCAGUCACACCUUACUCCUCCCUCCUCCACCGAUCCUUUCCCGGGACCGGACUGUUCAUACUGACUUCUGUAAAUGUCGGAAGCGGCCUGGAGCGUACCGCUCUAUACGCACAGAUACCUGUACACACACACACUCGUGUGUAAGUGUCUGUUCGAGCAGGACUGAGACCAAAAGACUCACAAACAGCUCCAGAGGUCGACGCGUCUCCGAUCCGUCUUUCUUUGUUUUUAUGUUUGUUCUUUCGCUCGUGGGUAUGUUAGAUCUGUUCGUUUUUUUACCUCCUGUGAGUGUCGGGCUAACCUGUCGUGGAUCAUUAUGUAGCGCCAUGCGUUGGAUCUUCUGGAACUUUCCAGCCACUGCCAUCUGUGUCGCUGUGGUCUGUCAGCUCUGCGCUGCUCUGAAUCCGACUGGGCCUUGAUCUGGACACGCAUCCAAGCACUUUUCUUUUCUAAAGUUCAAACCACACGACCCCCCCGCCUCCCUUGAUUUCCUUCCUUUCUUCUAAAUCUUACAUGUUGUAUGUGGAGGGAGAGCACACACAAACAUUUCCUCAAAUGCACAUAUGCUUACAAAGUGAACCCUCCUGUGGAUGACAAAAAAAGGAAAUCGGAGUUAAAAAGUGGAACCGUGCUGAACGAGAGAGGAGAAAUGUCUCAUAGCGCUGAUGUAGAUAAUGAAAAACCCAGCUAGUGACUUCUCUACCCCGACACAAACUUUCUGAAGGCUUUGAGAAUGUAAACUUUUUACGAAAACAACUUUGAAAAAAUAAAUAAAUGGGGGGAAAAAAUGUUUUUUUUUUUUACCGGUCAUAGGAAAUUGCUGAUAAUUUCCACGUCUUCAGAUCGUAAUAAGAGCCUCUGGGCAUAAACAGAGUCGCUCUUGUUUUUCUAUCAUGUGAAUGACACAGUAUUUGCAGUGUGAUAUUCCAUGUGCAGUUUUCAGUAUGUUGACAUGUUUGCUUCGUCAUGGGAUAUGCCUUGGGAAAUCCACAGCUGCCUAUUUUCGGAGUGUUGCCAUCGCCCCCAUUGCGCGGGCGGCUGAUUAAUUGAACCCUCGCAGAUAGUUUUGAUUAAACACCAGGAACACUGUAACUGUGGCUCGCAGAAAUUAGCCUCAUUUAUGCCCUGCAGGUCAGAAGAACCCACUCAUUUUCUGUUAAUCCGCAGAUUUUCACACAUUUCUGCAAUUAUCUGAAUGUGCGACAUCCGAUGUUUUGGAUGCGGCGCGACGGAUCAUCAGUGAACUUUUCAGACGAGCACAGUCUCACUUUUAAUGUACCUGUCUUGUUCAUUUUUGCUCAUCUUUCACACAUUGAGAAUUUUAUUUUAUGAUUUAUCCACAAGACUGACUGCAUGCAUUUCAUUAAUCUUUUUUUUUUUAUUAUUUUACUUAUUUAGUUUAAAAAAAAAACACUUUCCUUGCAUAAAUUUAGCCUUCAAGAUGCAUUUUUUGUCAGGUUUCCCAGUUUAUCACAUCCAGACUUUGGCGCUUGUGACAGACAGACCGCACUGUGGCUGACUCGGUCGCCCCCUGCUGGUGUGGAGCUGAAGGUGCGGUUUGAGUCAGGCAGCCGUGGAUUUCUUCAGGCGAAGGUGUUUUUCUGGGCUCAUUGUUAAGUGCUUUUUUUUUUUUUUUGUUCGUGUGAGAGCACAGCAAUGCCAGGCUCAUGUUGAGCCUCACAGCCAUUCCAGCAGCACACACACUU